UGUACUAGCAUAGCAAAUGUGUUCCUUUUACGCUUGUACAUUUAAACCGAGUCAGUGAUUGUUUGUGUAGUUCGAGAUUAAUAUCCUCCUUUUACUGAACGGAGGGUGUUCCCACCUCGUUCCGAGUUCAUCCCUCGAGUUCCAUCUGUACGCGCCCGGCCCCAAACGACGCCUGUGCUUAAGAUUCAGCGAAGCAAGCCCACCUCGGCGUCUGUAAUUUCUGUCCCGCUGUCUGUCUAGGGACUGUGCCGCGCGGCCCUCUGUGCCGGCUCCAGCCGCAUCCGCAGCCGCGCUCCAGUCGCGCUCCAGCCGAGUGGCGGCUGUGCGAGGACGAUGUCGCCAUGAAGUGGAAAGUGUUGUGGAAAGUGAUGAAGUAGGAAUAAGUGCAUCAAGAAAGAAGACUGAGUGAACCCAAGUGCAAAGCCAGCUAACGGCAGUGAUAAUACUUUUUGGAGGGGUUUGGUGUUUUAGUCAAACCCUCUCGUUUUUUAAUUUUUUUUGUGGUGCUGAACACACCAUUACCUUUUUGUGCUAAGUCAUCGAUGGACAAAAGAAAAAUGUUGACAAAAAGACAACGAGUUGAAAUCACCCGCGGCCCCAUCGCCAAUGGCCCCAUCCAGGCCCGCCCCCUCGUGGCCCUCCUCGACGGCCGCGACUGCUCCAUCGAAAUGCCCAUCUUGAAGGACGUCGCCACAGUAGCCUUCUGUGAUGCCCAGUCAACAUCUGAAAUCCACGAAAAGGUGUUGAACGAAGCAGUUGGUGCUCUUAUGUGGCACACUAUCAUCCUUACUAAGGAAGAUCUGGAAAAGUUCAAGGCUUUAAAAGUUAUUGUACGAAUUGGAAGUGGAGUAGACAACAUAGAUGUUAAGGCUGCUGGGGAACUGGGAAUUGCUGUUUGCAAUGUACCUGGGUAUGGAGUUGAAGAAGUUGCAGACACAACUUUGUGUCUGAUCCUAAACCUUUACCGCCGCACUUACUGGCUGGCCAACAUGGUGCGGGAAGGCAAAAAGUUCACUGGUCCUGAACAGGUCCGGGAAGCAGCUACAGGCUGUGCAAGGAUACGAGGAGACACCUUGGGAAUCAUUGGACUGGGUCGUAUUGGUUCGGCAGUAGCUCUCAGAGCGAAAGCAUUCGGGUUCAAUGUCAUUUUUUAUGACCCAUAUCUUCCUGAUGGUAUUGAGAAAUCAUUGGGUCUCAGCAGACUUUACACAUUAACGGAUCUGCUGUUCCAAUCAGAUUGUGUAUCGCUCCACUGUACUUUGAAUGAACAUAACCACCACCUUAUUAAUGAAUAUGCCAUUAAACAGAUGAGGCCAGGUGCAUUCUUAGUGAAUACUGCAAGAGGUGGUCUUGUAGAUGAUGAUGCACUAGCUGCUGCAUUAAAACAAGGUAGAAUCAGAGCUGCUGCCCUAGAUGUUCAUGAAAAUGAGCCAUAUAAUGCUUUCCAAGGCAACCUUAAAGACGCCCCCAAUUUGAUAUGCACACCCCACGCGGCCUUCUACUCCGACGUUUCCUGCUCAGAGCUUCGGGAAAUGGCUGCCAGUGAGAUCAGACGUGCCAUUGUGGGGCGGAUUCCGGAGUGCCUGCGCAACUGUGUGAACAAGGAGUACUUCCCCUCAGUGCAAUACCCGCAAGACGGAAUUAACGGUGGCUACUAUUCGGCCGGUGGUCUGCAGACAUUACAGCCCGCCCACUCCACCACCCCCCACGACCAGGUGCAGCACCAGGCGGCUGUGGCAACUAAUGGAGGAGCCGCGUCUGUUGUGGGAGCUGCACCUCCGGGACCAGGUACAGGGCCAUCGUUGCCUCACAAUGGGGCUCCUCCAGCAUCAGAACCUGGCCCAGGCCUGCACCCACCUCGAUCUGAAUCAGCCGACAACCAUUGACUGUCUAAGUAACUCAAGAUUCUCUGCCUGGCAGUAGCAGCAAUUCCAGCACCAGUGUUUUCAUAGAGGUGGUUCAUAGAAUGAAAUGACAUUCCUGAUGACCUUUGGUCGCAAACUUUAAAUGAAAGAUACCAUCAUACAUGCUAAAGCUUUAGUUAAUUAUUUCAGUGUGGACUGAUUCACACACUUUUGAAUUCAAGUGUUGACAGAAGUGCUUUCAAGACUUGAAAUAUUAAUGAAGUGAUAGUGUGCCUUCAAGUGACAAAGGAAGAAGAAUGUGUUUAAUUUGAAAUUCACACAAAUUUCCAAUGCAAUGUGAAAGUAUGGAAGUACAAGUUUUUGUAUGAGAAGUGAUAUUCCUUGCUUCUUCAUAACUAUUAAUGAAAGAAAAAAAACAACCUGCUGUUAUCUUCCCAAGUAUCUUCCUCGUAUCUUUCUCUUUUCCCCCAUAAUUAAAAAUGUUUAUCACUUAAAGAAAACUAUUUUGUAAUGGUUAUUGUAGCCCAGCUGUUGGUGGUAUGUCACCACCGGUAAUUUUAAGAAAAAGAUUGUUUGAGAUUAUGUGCAUGUGAUUAAAAGUAUACUUGAUGUAGGAAACCUGACAUAUUAGGAUAAUUAGUCAAAUUGGAUAGAUGAACUUGUCUCUAACCAUCUUAAUUUGCAUGCCUUGUCAACAAAUAUAUUCAGUGACCUUUUAGUUUGAUCAUAUCUGGCAUUUAAAUGUAUUAUUAUCAUUAGGCACAUCCUUUUCUCUGUCACUCCACAAAUUCAGAAGAAUUUCGGCCAAGUUGGCUAUCACAAGUUGAAUUUUGUGAACAGAAUUGUGGCAGUUUCAGUGUAUGUUGGAAUGUCAUUGUUCAAGGCAUAUAAAACAUUGGACUUACUGACUUGUUUGCUUUUCUGCAUGACUUUCUCCUCGCUAUUUACUGGCUUGGGGUUCAGAAUGGAACAAAAGUGGUAGUAAGAAAUGUACUUAAGUUUGGGACAAAUUUUAUAUGCUUCACAUUGCUAACAAUUUCCCUUUUUUGUUGUUGUUAUUGUUUUUUUUUUUAAAUGAAUAUGCCCUAAGAAAACGAAAGAACAAAUAUCACUUUUCUUAAGACACUGAGAUAACAUGCUGAAUAGCAACUCAAGUCCAUAGUUGUAAUUUUGCACUGCCAGUCUUGUCCUUUGGGGAACUAAUUUAGUGAGCUCUAAAGACAGUUUAGAAUUUUUAAGGCGUAUAUAAGACUUACACUCCAUGAGCUGUGGUGCAUUGUUACUUGUCGUUGUACUGUUACCUCAGAUUAGUCAUGGUUUGUUGAUUUGCUCUGUGAUUUUAGUGUAUUGGGAGGGGUAUAUUAUGUGCUGUGAUUGUGACUGUAUGGGCUGAAAGAUCAAGAGCUCAUUGAAACCAAAUGUUCUCCAAAACCCAGUCCUUUGUUUUAUAUGCCUGACGUUUGUUCUUUCUUUUAGUAGUUAUUGGACUGUAUGGUCGUUCAUACCUGUAAGGAGUAUUUCUCAUCCUUUGUACAAUUUAGUUUCCAUGUCCCUUUAAGUAACUUCAAUCAGAUUUUACAAAAACAAACAAUUUUGUGUAUGUGGGUUUCCUGUGUGUUGAUUGUAACUGGAGUUAAGGAUUUGGCAUUCAUAGAAGGCAAUUUGGUUUAAAAAAAAUCCUUAUUUUGAAAAUUUGAAAUGUACUUAACUUUUGUAGUGCAAAGGAGGACCUUUUUGUUUGUCUAGGUGUUGCUUUUAUGUUUUCGCAUAUUUUAAUAUAUUUGUGCUGCACUUCCAUCUUCUCCUCUUUUGUGAUAAAAUUUAAGAAAAACA